ACAGUUUUCCAUUCGAAAAUCUAUCGGACCCCCGUUUUAUAUGAAAACAAGAGAAUCCUGGUCAUAGGCAACUCUGCCUCGGGACAUGAUGUAACUGCCGAAUUGGUCUCAACCGCAAAACUUCCAGUAUUUCAGUCUAGACGAUCAAAGUCGCGAUGGGAUGGACCCGAGCCCCCACCUGGCAUCGCAUGGAAACCAGUGAUCAGAGAAUACUUGCCAUCAGGAAGGAUCGUAUUCGAAGAUGACAGUUACCUGGACGACAUCGAUACUAUCAUCUAUUGUACUGGCUACAAAGCAUCCUUCCCAUUUUGGAACUCGCGUAACAACGGUCGAGAUCUCUGGGAUUACAAGAAAAACAAGCUGAUCAAAAAUUAUUUGUAUACCUUCUCCCAGGAUUUUGAAACCCUUGCCAUAGUUGGGAUACCACGAACACUCACUUUCAGAAGUUUCGAGUAUCAAGCUAUCGCGCUUGCACGACUCUUCUCAGGGCGGCAAUCCGUGAAUUUGCCACCAGUGGAAGAACAAGAAAAAUGGGAAAAGGAUAGGGAAAAGAGGACCACGAAGGAGGGCACAGAAAUAUCAUGACAUUGGAUGGGACCAUAAUGAGACGUUGGAUUGGUUGGGUCAUUUGUAUGAAGUCGCGGGACUGGGGUUGUUGACGGGGGAAGGCAUGGUGCCGCCAAUAUUUUCGAAAGAGAUGAAAUGGGCUCUUGAAAACUUGAAAAAGUAUCCCGAGCCCGGUAAUGGAGAAAAUGACAAGAAAAUGGGGCCUACCCGACGUCUGAAGGAGAAUGAUAACGAAGACGACUCCUGGGUCAUGGUGAGAAGGGAGGGUCAGAAGGAUUCUUUAUGGUUUUUG